UAUAUAAACAGACUCAUGGCCAGAUUCCUAACAGCAGUUCACUGAUCCAUCCCUCUUUGGCACACUACUCAGAAUGGGCAAGAUUAUAUUCUUUGAGGACCGGAGCUUCCAGGGCCGCCACUAUGAGUGCAGCUCUGACUGCCCUGACCUGCACUCCUACUUCAGCCGCUGUAACUCCGUCCGUGUGGAGAGCGGCUGCUGGGUCCUGUACGAGCGCCCCAAUUACACGGGGUACCAGUACGUGCUGACCAGGGGAGAGUACCCCGACUACCAGCGCUGGAUGGGAUACAGUGACUCCAUCAGGUCCUGCCGCACGAUCCCACAGGACAGCAGUGGCUCCUACAGAAUGAAGAUCUAUGAGAGACCCGACUUCGGAGGCCAGUCGAUGGAGUUCAGUGAUGACUGCGAGUCUGUCCACGAUCGCUUCCACAACCGUGACAUUCACUCCUGCAACGUGAUGGAUGGCUACUGGACCAUGUACGAGCACCCCAGCUACAUGGGAAGACAGUACUUCAUGAGGCCCGGAGAGUACAGGAGAUUCAGCGACUGGGGGGCAAGUUGUGCCACUGUUGGCUCUUUUAGGAGAAUCACUGACUUCUAAAUCACUGCAAAAUCCUCGUUCCCUUGUUCCCUCUGUAACUAAAAGUCAAAUAAAACGAUCUCUGA